AUGUCGCUUCGUCGAACAGCAACGCGACGCGGCGGCCCUCCUGGGGCUGCUCCUAAGCAGAAGAAAGGCUACGAGAAUGUCGAGCAGGGAAUCAAGCAGCUCUAUCCAGAGCCAGACUCGACAAGAAAGACGGACAUGGAUAUUGUCUUUGUGCCUGGUCUGGGAGCUCAUCCUUUGUUGAGCUUCAAAUCGACUACGAGCGAUUUUAAUUGGGCCAGUGAGGAGGGCAUAGCUCGCGACUUUCCAAACGCUAGAAUUCUUCUGUAUCACAGUGAAUCCUCAUGGACUGGUUCCAUCAAGGUGAAGCAGUUUCUCGGUAACCUGGCCCAGACUCUACUCGAAGGGUUGAAGAUGAGUAGAGAGAACAUGGCCAUUCCUCGUCCAAUCACAUUCAUUGGUCAUAGUAUGGGAGGACUCGUUAUUGCCAAGGCUAUCUGUAUCGCUGCAACGAGACAAGACCUCUUUCCAAACAUGUUCGAAGACAUAGCCGGUUGCGCAUUCUUUGGAACACCAUUCAAGGGCGCUGAAGCAGCUUCUUUGGCAUGUAUGCUUUCCUCAGUCGGAGAGAAACUUGGUCAUGCAACAGCUUCCAAACUCCUCGAGCUCAUGAGGCCAGACGACGAAAGCCUGGCUGAGCUUCGAAAGGAGUUCGUGAGACUAGUGAUCAAGACGACGCCCAAAAUCGAGUUGUGUGGUUUCUAUGAAGAGCACCCUACGACGAUUAAGGAUCUAUCUGGUAUGCCUCAGUUCUUAUCGGCGCUGAGCAUCCCGAUGCCCAAGAAGUAUGCAGAGUUUGUCACGAGAGAUUCCUCCAUCCUGGAUGGUGUGAUGGAGACAAUGGGUUUAGCUGCGAAUCAUCGAGACUUGGUCAAGUUUGAUAGUUCGAAGGAUGAACGUUACACAUUAGUCCGAGGGCCUUUGAAACGACUUAUCAAUGGCUCACAUCUGCGAGUCAAGAAUCGACACAAUGCAACAAGGCGCACCGAUCCAGCCACUAUAAACCUUGCUUUACGAACUCUAGAGGGUGCACCAGUCCAAAGCAAGAGAGAAAGCAUUGCUCAGAACACAACCACUUCCCCAUGGUUCUCGAAAGAGCCAGAGUUUCUGGGCUGGCUAGCUAAGCCUAGUGAGGGCGAAGACAGUUCGCUUGUCAAGAAAGAGGAUUGUCUCUGGGUCCGUGGUCGUGAUGGUCGCGGUAAGACCAGCGCUGCGUUAUCGGCUAUUGAAAAGAUUGAAGAGUUGACGAAGGACGAGGAGGUUUUUGAAGAGGAGAUUACCGACGAACCUUACACUGGCUCAUCACGAAACUAUCUUUCAUACUUCUUCUGCGACAAGACGCCCGACUAUGGAUCAGCUGAGAGUUUAUUGAAAGCUCUUAUCCGUCAACUUUUGGAACGGCAAGGGCUUCUGGCGACGCAUGCCAAGUUUCUUCUUAAGAAGAAAGGCCGAGAAACACAGCCUCUUUUGACUGUUGAGAACUUAUGGCAGGUCCUUCAAGAUAUUCUCGCUGAUGAUGUAUUUAUUGGGGCGAGGGUAUACUUUGUCAUCAACAACAUCGAAUCCCUCUCACCAGGUGCUGUGUCUACAAGCACUCUCUUAACUCUACUCAGCUCGGAGGUAGAGCAUGACGGUACUGGGAGACGCCCACUGGUUCGAUGGAUGAUCACAAGUGGCCAAUCUUGGGACAUUGACCGGGCUUUGAAGAGGGAUACCGUCCGACUAGUUGAUCUUGAGGACGCGAAAUAUGGAGAUCAAGUCCAGCUUGAGCUUCGCAGGCACGCACAGAACAAGGUGUUAGAGCUGAUCGAGCAUAAGAAGUACAGCAGAGCUCUUGCAUACUUCGCUAGCAGUGUUAUUGGCAAGCGGGCUCAAAACACGCAGUGGAUUGACAUCACCUGCGAUCAUCUCGAGGAGCUUCCUCAGCAUCAGAACGACCUUCAAGUCCGUCGUCUUCUAGAAGUUAUCCCGCAGGAGUUAGAUGCUCUUCUCAGCUCUGCAUGGCAACAAGUGUUUGACAACAACCGGGGUAAGGCCGGUGAGAUCAAGGAAAUGCUUCGUGUCUUGGUUCUUACUUAUCAAGAUCCAACUGAGGCUGAGCUUGGUCUUCUUGCCGGUCUCGAUUCUUCACCAGAGGAAGUUUCAGAGCUUCAUGAUCUGAUCCAGAAGUGUAGACCCCUAAUCGUACUGAAGGAAAAUGGUCUCCAAGAGAAGACGGUGUGCUUCACUGAACCAGUUGUCAAGAGCCAUCUUCUUGAGCAUGCACACGCGCUGCUUGGGCUCACCAGCGAGGAUAUCAAGCUACAACAUGGUAUCCUGGGUUUCCGAGCGUUCAGCCAUAUCCUAGAGAUCUUCGACUUUCCGCUUUCCGAUAUUCCUCAGCAAAUAGAUGGAGCUGUUGAUGAGGUUGCUGGUGCCAUAGAAGCCAGUCCAGAUGAUGGGGAUAGUGUUGCCUCUGGAGAAGCAGAAGCAAACGACCAGGAAGUCACCGAGAAAGAGGAUGAAGAGGAAUCCGCCGGUGGUACCAAUCACGACGACGAAUCUCAAAACGACAACGAUUCUGUCGCCUCGGAGGAGUCAAGUGAUGAAGAAGAUGAAGAAGAUGAGGUUGAUGAAGACCCCGAAGCUCCAUAUCUCAAGGACAUAGCCUUGGCCUAUGCUGUUACACACUGGUUAACUCACGCCAGCCAAGCGACUGCUGAUCUCGCAGAAGCGCUGAGCCUAGAGAAAAAAGACCUAGUCGCGGCUUUGAUGGAUCACGGUUUCGAUAAGGACAAGGCCGCGAUGGAUUCAGACUAUAAUACGCCGUUACAUUACGCAGCCGCUUUUGGGCAUGAUGACAUUGCUGAGGAGCUUCUUGACCGAGGUGCCAACAUCGAUGAAGGCAUCAAGGGCAAUCUUAUAACUCCCUUGCACAGAGCAGCAGCCGAAGGAAACGUCAAGGUUAUGAGUAAGCUUCUACAACGGGGAGCAAACCCGAAUGCUAGCUGCGGUGCUUACGGAGGUGUAAUCUGUGCGGCUAUCCAGUCUGGAAACACUGAAGCCGUGAAGCUUCUGGUGACCCAUAAUGUCUCGCUCGUCACUCAGGAUGAUGAAGAUGAAGACGACAAGGCUGAGCAUGAGAACGGCGAGGAAGCUGAGAAUAAUGACGGAGACGAGGAGAGUGAUAAGGACGAGGGUUCAGAGUCAGGCUCAGACUCCGACUCGGACUCUGAUGAAGAAGAUGAGGAGGAGGUUAUCACAUCGCCUUUGGCUCUAGCAGCUAUGAGAGCUGACCUUGCAGUGUUCGAAUUUCUCAUCAAGGAAUAUUCCGACAAGCUACCUGCUGAAGAAUUCGGCAUAGCCCUCGUCAAAGCAGCAGAAUACGGCCGAUUCGAAGCUUUCUCACGGCUAUUCCAUGACUUUGAGCACAAUCAACAGUUCAAACAGGAAGCCCUCGAUGGAGCAUCUUUUGGGGACCACUGGGCUAUCGUGUCGUUGAUCCUGGAUCACUGCCCCGGCUUGAACUGUGACAAAACCUUCCUACAAACUGCGCAGGGAGAAGAUGGUGAUGAUGAGAUUCGUAUCUUGGGAGCUAUGUGGGAGUAUUCUCAGGGAACUAUCUCGCCUGAGGCGCUAGAUGAGUCCUUGUAUGAAGCUACGGACUUUGAGAAUCAGAGGACAGUGGAGUUGCUGUUGAGAUAUGGAGCUAACGCGAAUGCAACUGGCGAACUAUAUGGGAACGCCUUGACAGCAGCUGCUUUUGAUGGCACCAUCGAGAUAAUCAAGCUUCUUCUCGAUGCUGGCGCCGACGUCAACUCUGCUGACGGAUGGGCUCUCCAAACUGCUGCGGAUCAAGGCCAUGUCGACGUUGUCAACCUUCUCUUGGAACGCGGUGCUAACGUCAAUGCAACCACGGCCAACCCCAACAUGCCCAAGUGUACCGCAUUGCAAGCGGCCGUUGAAUCUGGCAGAGGAGAUAUUGUCGAUAUCCUCCUCGAGCACGGCGCUGAUCCUAACCUUGGAGGAGGCGAGUUCUCUCAUCCCAUCAUCGCUGCGGCCAGCAAGGGCGAAGAAGCUAUCUUCAAGAAGCUUCUGGAAGCCAAGGCAGAUGUGACGGUUGUUGGAGGAGAGUACAACUCAACUCCUCUGACUUACACGGCGAUAUAUCUACCUCGUGACCCGAUUCGCCUGUUGUUGGAUGCAGGUGCCGACAUCAAUCAUGCGGAUAAUGAGGGAGACACGGCACUUAUCCUUACAGCGUGGAGCGGUGAUCAUGAGUCGGUUCAGUUCCUGCUUGACCGUGGCGCCGAUAUCUUGGUCAGGAACAAGGCAGGUCAAAAUGCACUACAGAAAGCGCUUGAGGCGGGCAGAGAAGAAUGUGUCAAGAUCCUGACCCACCACAUUUCAGACAUCCUGGAGGCAAUCAGGCUUGCGAUGGUUUCUGGCGAUGCUUCCAUCACUGCAGUGAUUCGAAGCGUGCAGAAUCAGAAGCAGGAGCUCAACUACGAUGACCCGAAGCCGGUGCAUGAGGAGAGUAGGAGGAGUUCAAUCUACGAGCCAACAUCGCCUGAGGUGCAAACUCAAAGCGCUGGCCCAUCUGUCAGUUUUGCUUCCGAGAAGAUCGUAGUGGAGGAUACCCCGAGUCACCAUAUCGCCUCGCCGAUAACUAGACCAUCUAUCACUCCAUCGGGUCCUUCAUCGAGCUCUUUCGCAGACUUAUACAGCCCUGCUCAGGACAUCCUCGACUUCAGUCCAAACCCAUUGUACAAGCGCCAAUCUGAGCUGAUCACACCGACGAACGAACAGUCAAAGGGACCUAUAAAAAGAAAGCCAAUCACGGGUGCUAAGCCUCCGACGUACAAACCGUACCAACCUGGAGGGGGUGGGGAGAAUGUGCGACACUCGACUCCUCCUGGGUCAUUGGCGAACGCAUUCCAGGCGUAUCAGCCGAUGCAGCAACAGACUCCUCCGCCAGAGAACCUCCCUUCAUUUUCUCCUCCGGAGACUUAUGUUCCGCUGAGCCAGACUACGCCGGAUCCUGGGUUUGUGCCUUACGCGCCACCUGGACCUGCAAACUACGGACAGCAAAGUCAAGAGCCGGCGAGAAAGUCGUCGCGGUCGUCGUUUAUGGGCAUGAAGGUUCCAUGGGCAGACGGCCGGUUUAGCUAG